AUGCUGCGGCUGCCUCCUUGGCCCCGUGCGCCCCGUUGCGCACCUCAUUGUAUCCUCCGCUAUCGGCGCACGCCACACCCUCGUUUAGUCUAUCGCAGCUUAUCAAGCUCGUCUUCAGGUUUUCCAACUUCAUCGCAGUUUAAUCGAUCCGAUUUUACAAGUCAGCCAUGGAGCGGUAGUUAUGAGCCGGGUUUACCAACUGCCGGCCCCCUGGGAUCUACACCGGCUUUCGGAGCUCCCCAGGUCACACCCAAGACCUUGAAACAGUAUCUUGACCAGUUCGUGGUUGGACAAGAUCGGGCUAAGAAAAUAUUGAGUGUCGCUGUAUAUAAUCAUUAUCAACGUGUGCAGGAACUCCAACGGCGCGAGGAGGAAGCAGCAGAACUCCUGGCAAAACGUGCGCGGAGGGAAGCCAUUGAACACCAUCCUGUCGAGGAUGAAUUCCCGGGUCAACAGCGAACUACUAGUCUACCUCUCAACCCCCCUUCAUCGUCGUCCACAGUUGACCAGCCUGAGCUGGAUGCUAGCUCCCCACUCCAACUGGAGAAAUCCAAUAUUCUUUUGCUGGGCCCGUCUGGCGUUGGAAAAACACUCAUGGCUAAAACACUAGCUAAAGUGCUGUCGGUUCCUUUCAGCAUUUCCGACUGCACGCCGUUUACCCAAGCUGGCUACAUUGGAGAGGAUGCAGAAGUAUGCGUUCACAGGCUUUUGGCGGCAUCAAACUACGACGUUGAACAGGCAGAGCGUGGUAUCAUCGUUUUGGAUGAGAUAGAUAAAAUCGCAGCUGCCAAAGUCAGCCAUGGUAAAGAUGUUAGUGGCGAAGGGGUUCAGCAGGCCCUCCUUAAGAUUAUCGAGGGUACCACAGUACAGGUACAAGCAAAACAAGAGAGAAACGCCCCCCGUGUGGGGAAUGCACCUAAUACAUAUCCCUCGAGUAGUCCGCUGGGGAACUCGCCAUAUUCACCGUCCAACAGCGGCGGCAUGCCACAAAAGGGAGAGGUUUAUAAUGUGCGCACGGACAAUAUUUUAUUCAUAUUAUCGGGGGCAUUUGUCGGGCUAAGCAAGAUGAUCAUGGACCGGAUAUCGCGCGGGUCAAUUGGUUUCGGCCAACCAGUUCGUUCACAAUCGGGCCCGGGUGAGCGCUCCAUCGAAUCUAACCAUGUGGACGAACCCGUUCCCAUAAUUCCCGGGUCGGAAGAAGAAGCUCUGUACAAAAAGCAUCUUCCAUUCUUCACACCAUCCUCAUCCGAAUCGGUCGACGGGGAACCGACGUAUUUCAAUGCCCUAGACCUUCUCAACCCGACUGACCUACAAAACUAUGGAUUUAUCCCAGAGCUAGUGGGUCGUGUGCCAGUCACCGCUGCUCUCUCCACGCUAUCACAGCCUUUGCUUGUCCGGAUUCUCACCGAGCCUCGCAACUCCCUCCAAGCUCAGUACACAACCUUGUUCUCUUUAUCGGGCAUUGAGCUACGAUUCACCACUCCGGCCUUGCACAAAAUUGCCGCGAAUGCUUUCAAAAUGGGAACCGGCGCGCGGGCUCUUCGAACAGAACUCGAGACUAUUCUCAGCGACGCCAUGUUCGAAACGCCCGGCUCAAGCGUGAAGUUUGUCCUGGUGACAGAAACAGUGGCCUCACGCAAUGAAAAGCCCAUCUAUCUUGCCCGAGGACAAGGCGGACGAUUUCACUCCAUGAUCGCAGCGGAGGAGAGCCAGUGGGAGGAAAGAGUACGUCGCGAAAAGAAGCAAAAAGCUAAAAAGGCCAAGGCUCAGUCUACCUCUGCGCAGGAGCAUCCUCCGAUCUUGAAUUUUCGGGAAUACCGAAAACGAGCAGUGGGGUCGUAA